UUUUUUUUUCUUUUGGUGCAUCUGUAGACAUGGAGUUGACAACUAACAUCGCUUUCCGCUCACGCUUCAAUAUUGUCCGCCAUGUUGUGCAGGCAUCAACUCCUUCAUUCUCUCUUGCCAGCAACGUCUACAAACCUCUCUUAAAUAAUAGUGUGGCUGAAGCAAGCAACAAAAGAGAUAUACCCCCAAUCGUGUUUGCUCAUGCAAAUGGAUUUCAUAAAGAGACGUGGGAACCGCUUAUCUCACGCCUAAAUCCUCGCUGGGUACCCGGCGAUUUGUAUGCAUUCGAUUGUCGUAAUCAAGGCGACAGUGCAAUUCUAAACAAGGAUGUAUUAGAAGAUACUUUUGAUUGGUAUUCAUAUGCGCACGAUAUACUGAAGAUUGUUGACACCUUUAAACUCAAGAAGCCUAUUGGAAUUGGACACAGUUUUGGCGCAAGUUCAUUCGUUUUGGCUGAAUUGGAAAGACCGGGCACUUUCUCUGCGAUUAUAGCCAUCGAUCCAACGAUGUUCCCCAAAAUGAUUUAUAUAAACGCUCCACUCGAUGAUCAUCCCAUGGCUCAGCUCACGCUCAAGCGUCGCGAUUUUUGGAAGAGCAGGAUGGAAGCCAAAGCCAUGUUUUUGGAGAGACGAUUCUUCCGAGCAUGGCAUCCGGAAGCAUUGGACAUUUAUGUUGAACAUGGGAUGUUGGACGUUGUCGACAAAGAUGGCUCCCAAGGCAUUACACUGAAGUGUCCCAAGUUCCAAGAGGCUGUUACAUUUGCUUGCGUGGGAACGGGUCUCUAUGAUUCCUUUGAGCGACUGAAUGAGCUCAAUAUCCCUAUUCAUCUCAUCUUUGGCGAGAACUCUGAAGUCAAUCCAACUGAGCUGGCUAAAAUGAAGUUGGCGCAGUGUAAGUUUGGUUCCAUGGAUAUUGUCAAGGAUACUGGGCAUUUGUUGAACCUGGAGAAACCACAAGAAACUGCUGACUUAAUCUCUGCCUUCUUGGAGUCACAGUUUGGGACACCAAUGGCUCGACUUUAGAUUAGAAAUUAUAUAAAAUAAAAG